GUCUUCGAACCAAAUCCUUAAUUCUCAAGGACAGAGAGCACCGGGUCACAAUGCCUGUUUUCACCGAAUUCGCAAAUGCAAGCCGCCAGCUGCGCGUUUUGCCUUCGUUCGCCAACCCGCUGCCCCGUCUCUGUCCUGCGUUCGAGAAGAAAGAAGAUAGGUAUGAAGUAGUCAUCGUCGGGGGUGGUCCCGCGGGACUCAUGCUCAAUCUGCUCCUUGCUCGCUAUGGCUUGGGCGACGACUCUUUACUCUGCAUUGACUCUAAGUCGAGCACCCUUCUCUCCGGCCAGGCCGACGGACUGCAGCCCAGAACACUCGAGGUCCUGCGGAGUUUGGGAGUGCUUGAUGAGCUCGACAAUGACGGCUGUCACAUGCACCAGAUUUGCUUCUGGAAUCCCACAAACGAAGGUGGUAUCGAGCGCACCUCCAUCGUGCCAGAUAUCGCGAUCAAGUCAAGAUACCCAUAUGAAAUCACCAUCCACCAGGGCAGAAUCGAGCGGGUUUUGGAGACCGACCUUAAGAGAUAUUCCAAGCGCGGUAUUAUGCGCUCGACCAGCUUGAUCGAUGUGAAGAUGGAUGAAGAGGGCGACCCAGAUUUCCCAGUUGUCGCAGUCAUCGAGACCGAAGAGGGACAGAAGACUAUCAGAACCAAGUACCUCGUCGGUGCUGAUGGUGCACACUCGGUUGUGCGCCGAUGCAUGGGCCUCAUGCUCGAAGGUGAAUCGACGGAUCAUAUCUGGGGUGUUGUGGACUUCGUUGCCGUGACCGACUUUCCCGAUAUUCGAAAGCGAUGCGCCAUCCACUCUGACUCCGGCUCCGUCAUGGUCAUUCCCCGAGAGCGCAUCCAGUCAGGAGAAUACCUCACCCGUCUCUAUGUCCAGGUGCCGGGUGUCGUUAAACCAGAUGACGAGUCAACGGCAGCCAACGGUGUAACGGAGUGCGCGAAGGCGGAAGCCAAGGCCAGACGAGCACAGGUUUCUGCUGAGAGUAUCUUCGAGCAGGCCAGUCAAGCAUUUAAGCCAUACAAGAUCAGAAUGCGCGACGAGAAUGCCCUGGAUUGGUGGGCCGCCUAUCAAAUUGGCCAACGAGUUACGAGCGAGUUUUCCGUCAAGGACUCCAAAGGAAAGGAGAGAGUUUUCAUUGUUGGUGACGCCUGCCAUACUCACAGUCCAAAGGCUGGUCAAGGAAUGAACGUUUCGAUGAUGGAUUCCUACAACCUGGCGUGGAAAUUGGCAUAUUCGAUUCUUGGAUUAUCUCCGGACUCGAAGGCCGAUCCCGCAAAGUCUGACCGCCUUGUAGAAAGCUACCAACUCGAACGACGCAAGGUCGCUCAACAACUCAUCGACUUUGACAGAGAAUUCGCUGGCAUGUUCUCCGGAAAGAUCAAGGUUGAAGAGGAGAGCGGUCUCACCCACGAGGAAUUCUUGAAUGUCUUCCUCACUGGAAACGGAUUCUCCAGCGGAUGCGGUGUUGAAUAUAUUGAGAACACCCUUGUGGAGAAGGACGUCGAAGGUUCCAUUACUGGAAAAGACUACCUAUCCGGAAUUCUGCAACCUGGAAGACGACUCAUCGAUGCCGAAGUUCUACGACAUGCCGAUGCCAACCCACGACACCUCCAGGACGACUUCCCAUCAACUGGCCGCUUCCGCAUCCUAUGCUUCGCUUCAAAUGACCUCCUCAAUCCCAACGGUGUUUCCGCAAAGGCAUUCACCGGUAUUGGUGAAUUACUCUCCAAAUUCCCCCAACAGCUCAUCGAGCUGGUUGGUCUUUACCCAUCUCAACUCUCAGAGUUCUCCUGGCAAGACAUCCCCGCCGCUAUCAAGCAGCAUGCAGAGAUGCGCUUCCACUCUUCAUCAACUGGUGCUCCAGCAUCCGAGGAUGCGUAUAAGAUUUACGGCGUGUCCCCUGAGAAGGGAGCAGUUGCUGUGAUCCGCCCAGAUGGAUAUGUUGGAGCCAUCGCACCAUUGACUGGCUUGAAGAGACUGGAGGAGUACCUUUCGCGUUCUAUUUGCAGGAUUUAA